AGGAAAAUGAGUAGGAGGGAGAAGGAGAGGAUGAGUGGAAGGAAAUGUAAGCUAAAUCCACCAAUAAAAUUACCUAAACAAGCCCACACAAGAGUUGUGUCCAUCUUCAAGAAAAUGAACCAUGAAGAAGUAGCCGAUAACUCCGAUUACGAAGAAUUUGACCAGACUUUACAGAUAUAAGAAGGAGAGAGAAACUUUUAGAGCAGCUGAAAGCAUUGAAGGUCAAUAAAAGGUCGAUCUGUGGGACUGUUUCGGGGUUUAGGAAGGUGCAUAGGGAGCAGAAAGAGAGAAUUGGGAAAGUCAACCAGAUUUAUAAGUCUCUUAUAAAAGUUUAUUCAAAGAAUGAAAGAGGGCUCUCUCGAACCAAUAGCAAAAUGAACAGCUCAUGCAGUGAUUUUGGAGGCUUUAGCAGCAAGAAUAUCUCUACAUCAAAGAAAAGGCAAAGCCAAGCAAUGGUUAAUAAAGAACUUAUCAAAGUCAGUGAUAGAGACGUUGACAGAAUUAUAUAAAGAACAUAAAGAAGAGAACUCAGAGGUACGAGCAACGGAUGAGUGUCUCCCAAUCUCACAAUGAAUUUCUUCAGUCAACUCGUGGGGAGAGAGCCAUGGAGAAGUAUAACAGCAUGAUGGAAACCUGGAGGAAAGACUCAAAAAUAAUAUCAGGAAAGAUAAACAGAGCAAUUCAAGACUCUGUAUUUGUCCGUUGAGACGGAUAUAGAAAAAGAAAAGAAAUUUUAGACAAAAUGGAUGCUGAGAAAUCUUCCUCUGAAAGGAUAGGAUCACUUUAUGCUUUCAAAAUGAUGCUCCGAAGCGAAAGGACAAAUCCAAAGCUGUUUAAAACUGCAAUGGGGACUCAGAUUAACUCUCCAGAAAGAGACAUUUCGUAUGGAAUUGAUCAAGAUCAAGAGGACUAUAAAUCAACUCUUAAAAGAAAAUCCUCGAUGGACUGACAAGUUCCUUCUAAAAAGAUUGCUAGUUUGCUUUCUGUUGAGAAUUUAAAGAAAAGGAAAAAUUCCUCUAAUGCCCCAAUGAAGAAGUUUAAAAAUACAACUUUUAGUAAAGGAAUGGAUUACCAAUUUCUUCAAGAAGUAGGCAGAUCGAGCGGAAUCUGGGUUCGGAUGAACUCUCGUGAGGAAAAUAGGCCUCUCAAAGGAACUAUUGUCAGAAAACCCCUCUCAUUCUAUGAAAGAAGCUAUGAAAAUAUGAAUACCAGAGGAUCAUCAUUACAUGAGGGUCCAGCUCAAGCCUCCAGCUUCUCAUAUAAUUCAACAGAAAGGAGUAGAACUAAUGAAUUUUCCACUAGAAGGUCUAGGAUGCGCAAUACGUCGUAUUCUGGCUUUCCAAUGUCUGCUGCAGAAGCAGAUCAGUAUGAAGGGAUUGAAGUGAUAGGAAGAAGCAAGCUUGAAGCAGAGACACUCUAUGUCAAAAGUAUCCGAGACAAAGUGCUUAUGAAAAACCAUAUCUUAAAUGAUGAUGGAGAAGGGGAGCCAACCCAUGAUGAAGAAGAGCUAUAAUUAAAACAUCAAUCUCUUGGAA